AUGCAAAGAGAUAAGGGCUUUGCUUUAGAGAGUGUUGGUGUUGCAGGCCCCGUCCCGGCGGAGACCCCGCAGCUGGUCAUCAGCGGCACCUUCUCGCUGGCUGGCCCGGCCGGCGGUGCGGGGCAGGUGGAGCAGGCCUCGCGGCGGCAGCGAGGCGGGAAGGCGCGGCUCGCGUACAAGUGCGGGGAGUGCGGCAAGAGUUUCCGGGCCGAGGCGGACCUGCGGAAGCACCUGGCGGGGCACUCCAAGGCGGGGCGGCACGCGUGCGGAGUGUGCGGCAAGCAGUGGACUAAGGCUGCGGAUCUGGAGAGGCACGCAAGGAUCCACACCGGGGAGAGGCCGUACCAGUGUGACGAGUGUGGGAGGAAGUUCAGUCAGGAAAGCAAUCUCAGUGUUCACAAGAGGAUUCAUACUGGAGAGAAGCCGUAUGAGUGCGACGUGUGUGGGAAGAAGUUUAACCAGAGCCAACAUCUUUCUUCGCAUGAAAGGAUGCACACUGGAGAAAAGCCCUACGAGUGCGACGUGUGCGCGAAAAAGUUCUCUAAUCCCUCAAAUCUACGCCGCCACGAGUGCACUCAUGCUCGACAGUAACCCAGGGAGAAGCUGUGCCAGUGUGUCGUUUCUUGACGAAUAUUAAGGCUUUGGAAUGUGACACGUGUAGAACGUACUUUCCUCUGAUAUUUCAGUGCGUGCGCUCGUGAUGGCUAUUAGCAACUAAUUUCAGUUCCAAUCUGCAAAGUUUGUAUUUUUGGUAAAACUAUUUCUGCUCUUGUAUGUUUGUGUCAUCAAAAUUGUGUGCGUUCAUGAUAGUGAGUUAUAAUAAUAAGUGCUUUUCCCUUGUGAAGACUUUUUUUUGUGAAGGUUAUUCGGUUUAAGCUAUUAAAAUCCAUCCCGUGUUCUCGCUCCAUGUUUGUGAUAGCCCUCGGCUUGACUUGUUGAAUUGACAGCAUCUGGCAAUUUAGAAAUAUGUGAAGAUUAGGCGUAUGAGCGUUUGGUGAAAGAAGCCAUAUUUGUGAAUUUUUGUCAUAGUCCACUUCGGUGUGCAAAACUUUUCUUGACGUGUUUUCGAGUACACCUAAGCACCGUCGUGCAAUACAUGGGAAUCUGUUACAACCGCUUUCAUGAUUUUAAUUAUUUCUGCUGCUUACUCUUAAUCUCCUGUUUGUAAAUUCUGCCUUGAAUUUGUCUGCUAUGUUCACUCAAGUGCACCAAGUGUACAGGUGCCACAUUUUUUGACGAGUGUGAGUGUGAUGCGCCAGAAAGAUGUUCCCUCUCAAAUUUUAUUCCAUGCUCGUAACAACUUUAU